GCGAGGUGAUCCCGCAGUGCAGGAGCCGCGCGGGGCUGGGACGCAGAGCUGAGGCCACUGCUUCACCUCCCCCCCAACCACGUGAGGAUGACGCGCUUCGCCCUGACCGUUGUCCGGCAUGGGGAAACAAGAUUGAACAAAGAGAAAGUACUUCAAGGACAAGGAAUAGAUGAACCUCUUUCAGAGACUGGAUUUAAACAAGCGGCUGCUGCUGGUAGAUUUAUGAGUAAAGUGAGGUUUACUCAUGCUUUCUCCAGCGACCUCACGCGGGCAAAGCAGACCAUGCAUGGGAUUUUGAAGCAUAACCUGUUUUGCAAAGACAUGACAGUACAAUAUGAUUCAAGACUUCGAGAAAGGAAAUAUGGGGCUGCGGAAGGCAAGCCUCUAAGUGACCUGAGGAACAUGGCCAAAGAAGCUGGGGAAGAAUGCCCUUUCUUUACACCUCCCGGAGGAGAGACGUUAGACCAGGUGGAAAUGCGUGGAAAACAGUUUUUUGAAUUUCUGUGUCAGCUAAUCAUGAAAGAAGCAGAUCAAAAGCAACAGUUUUCUCCAGGAGCUCCAAGCAACAAUCUGGAAACUUCUUUGGCAGAGAUAUUUCCUUUAGAAACAAACUACAGCUCUGAAGUUAAUUCCGACAGUGGCGCUCCAGGAUUAGUGGCCAGUGUCUUAGUCGUGAGUCAUGGUGCUUACAUGAGAAGCCUGUUUGGUUAUUUUCUGACUGACCUUAAGUGUUCCUUACCAGCAUCUCUGAGAAAAUUUGAACUUUCGUCAGUCAGUCCCAAUACUGGGAUCAGUCUCUUCAUCAUAAGCUUUGAGAAAGGAAAAGAACCUAUACCGAAGUGUGUUUGUAUGAACCUACAGGAUCAUCUAAAUGAAGUGACCAAAACACUCUCAGUUUAGAUCUGCAUCAAAAUUCUAACAGUUUUGAGCUUCUGAAGGGAGUGCCUUUGGCUUACUUUAUUUCCGUCCUUUGCUAGUGCUAAUUCGGAAAUAGUUAAAAAUCAUAUUAUAAACUCUUCUGGAAUGUCGGCCACAUCACACAGUAGUGGAAAGCCAUGUAGAAUUGACUUAUGUUGUCUUGAGUGCAGCCUGCGUUUUCCACCCUGCUUGAUCCCAUCUCUGAGUGAUAAAUGGAAGGAACUCAGUGUUGCAAUUGGGGGAUUCACAUCCUUGCUAUAGAAAUUUUUUCCCCCUUUUAAAAAAUGUUUGUUUGUGUGUUUGUUCUUUAAUGAAAAAAUUAGGCUAUUUCAUUGAU